AUGGAGGCUCGCUCGACUCUAAAGAUCUCUCCUGCGAUUGACUUGCCAAUGCAGCUUCUCAGCGGACGCCUCUCCGCAUGCCGGCGGCUUUGUUCGUCUCCUUCCCGCCAGCAGCCCAUGCAACUGCACACCCCUCGGGUCUGUUUCGCCGCCCGAGCUGCGGCACGACGGGCUUGUUUCCUUCUCCUCAUUUUCCUCCUCCUGUCGUUCGCCCCGAACCUCACCGUCGCUCGGCGAUUGCUGCCAGGCCCUACGCAUCCUCCGCCCUUUCUGGACACGCUCCAACGGCACACUCUUCUGUGGGAUCCGCCUCUGCCGAGUGAAGUGAGAGAGCGAGUCUCACCGUCAGGCGGCGGCCUGCCUGCCGGCGAUCGAUACGAUUUCUCUCCCGGACCCGCUGCGCACUCGCGCUGGCUCGAGGAGGAGGCUGUCACCCCCUGGCGCGCCGCUAACGUCCUCCUCCCACUGGAGGAAACAAGCGAGCCACUGAGGAGGGACGAGAGACGAUUCCUUGGAACGUCGAGCAUCCGAGGGCAGCGGCAGGCUCCUUGCCUGCGCCCGACGCGAGCGGCUCCGCUUGCUUGGCUGAGGCCCGGUUCAAACGAGGCCGCCAUCCGCGACAUCCCGCGAGAUCCAUCUGCCACUUUUAGGUUUUCCAGUUUUCUUUCCUGCAUCGCCCUCGGCGCUGCCGCGUUCCUGUCCCCGGCCUCGUCGACUUGGGGCGGCACUGCCUCGUGCUCUUCGGCUUCUUCGCCUUUUCCUGCAGCGCCGCGUGCCGGUGUUUUUCAGCUUGUCUGCGCUAAUGAACAGGCAGACUCCUGCAACCAGACUGCAGAUCGUUUCCGGACGCGGCUCACGAUGACGCGAAGCCGGAGCAAGCCGAUCUACCGCGCGGCACAUCCAGGGCUGAAGCAGCUGAUUCUUCGAGAGAAGUUCUGGGCGCGCUUCGACCCGAAUCGCAACAAGCUUCUCCACACGCCGGAGUACCAAGAGUUGCUCGUCUCUGAGCGGCGCCGUGCUCUCCAAAAGAGAUUUGAGGAGCUGAAGACAGAGAGACAGCGCGAAGGAGGCGGAGGCGCGGGGGCGGGUGGCUCCAAAGCCCGCGAAGCGUCUGUCAUCAGUGCAUGCUUGAGGGAACAGCCAGAGGAGAGCGGGGAACUCAGCGCAGAGCAAAAACAAGAACUGCAUACACGCGAAGUGGGGUAUCUGCGGCAGCAGCCAAAAUUUCGCCAGAAAAAGUGGGGAAGCGGCCGCUUCAAGAAAGAAGAGGGGUACCUCUUCCGACUCCUCGACUCGCACCGCCAGAAGCUCCUCGCGCACGAAAAACGGAAAAGACAGAGACACCUUGCCGCCGAGCGCCUCAAAGCCGCGGAGGCGCUUGGUGCAGCGAACGCGCAACCCGAGGGCGACGCGGACUCCGCCGACGAGGCGCUCUCCAGCGAGGAGGAGGGAAGGAGGCGGAAGAUCAUGGAGGCGUAUAAAACGCUGAGCUAUUCCUUCGUUAUUACCCAAGUUGUGCCUCGCCUGGCGUGGCUCGAGCAGCAGCGCCAGAAAGACGCGAUCGAGGCGUGGAACCGGCGCAGCGAACGGUCUCCGCACCCCCGCACCGCCGACACUGCGGAGAUCGAGGCAGUUUCCUCUUCGCUCCUCCAUCAAGUUCAGAGGCUCCACCAGCGGAAGAAACGCUUUUUGGGGCCUCAGCAAGUUCUCUCUGUGUAUGAACAGCAGCAGAUGCUCCUGGGUAACGUCGGAUUCAUCGACCCUGUGGCGGAGCGGAAACGAACGAGCGGAAUCGGCAAGAACGAAGAAGACGAAAGAACUACAGCCCAACUGCGAAUAGCUGCUGCGCGCACGCGAUCGAUUUAUCUCCAGUUCGUCUCGGAUCUUCACUUCAUCUUCACGAGCUUCGAGGAGUUCCUCACUGACGGACUUGAGGCUCUCCUUUCCACACCAGGGGCGCCAGACGCCGUCGAAGAGGGCGACUCUGCCGCAGAGCGCCAGCUCUGUGAGGAGUCAGAAAGCAGCAGGGACGGCGAAGGAGCCACCAAUUCCGAAGAAGCCAAGGACGCACGGGACGAGCAGGGCGAGGCGGCGAGACCUGAGGCGGGCGUCAAAACGCCCCUCGAGAGGACAAAGGGUCGCGAGGAGUGGAGGACGCGAAGCAAGUUGGAGGAGUUUGUUAGCGCCUUGAGUUUCCAGAAAGGCUUCCGGUCAGCAGACGACCUGUUCUCUGUGUGCCAUCUCCUCCAGCGUAACCCGCCAGCACCUAGCGGCGAGGCGCAGUUAUUCGUGCUGAGACUCGCCGACUUGAUGCAGAAGGAUUUCAUUCGGGCGCUGGCGCGCGUCUACCACUUCCACAAAGAAUGGAGCGUGGCGGGCCGCUUCUUUCUGGCUGCGCUGACGACACGUCAGCAGCUCCUCCCAAAGAAGCUCAAGCUGACUAUGUGGGACGCAGACACGGACUCUCUUGAGCUCGCCAUCGAUAUUCUCUCCCUCUCGUGGACCCCAGCAGAGAAGGCCGCGUUCCUGGACGAGCUGCAGUACGCCGAUGCAGACGCCGAGGCUGCCCUCGCCGCUCCGCUCCUGGAAGGCAUCCGAGCGGCGCUUAAGGAGGUGAUGAGGCAAAACUCAGAGCCGAAGAAGACACGCCGAAGUCGAUCUCAAGGAGACAACCCAGAGGCAGGUGGACAAGAGGCCACAGAAACAACGCGCGAAGAGCGUGAGGUGGAACGCACAGGGGAUGCAGAUGCGCGGGAUUCAAACGAAAGUCACAAUACGGGAAGCGGAGUGUCGCCACGGGACGUGGUGGAGAUGUAG